GCCUAAAAAAUUAAAAAGAAGAAGAAGAAGAAGAAGAAGAAAAAUUGAAUUUUCCGUAUUAUCACCAAAUUGUGUAGAUAUUUUUCACCUUUUGCAAUGUGGCAGCAAUUCCUAAAGUGCUCUCUUAUGUAAUCGCACCAAUUUUAGCCAAAUGUAGUGAGUAGUGAUCACAAUAUCCGUGGAAUCCUUUUUGUUGAUUUGUUCAGGGUGCGGUUCACGAAAUUUUUGGUGAAGCAAAAAAAUGCUUCUGGCGACUUGUGUGAAUUCUCUUCUGCCGAUCGGUUAAUUUUCAUUCUCCGCGGGAUACCAGGAAAUUGUGUGAAGAGUGGCUUUUUUUCUUGGCAGAGUGUUGUGUGUGGGGUAGGAAAGGCAAGAAGCGAGAAGUGAAAUUCGUGUCAGUGUGAAAGGGGAAAAAUGAUAAAAUUAGAUGUAAACAAAUUGUGAAAAUUCCCCGGAAAACCAUGUCUCGUCUAGCUGACUACUUUGUAAUUGUGGGCUAUGAUCACGAGAAAGAAAGAAGUGGCACAAGAAGUGGAAAGAUCCUCCAGAGAUUCCCGGAGAAUGACUGGCACGACACUCCCUUUAUUGAGGGAAUUGAGUGGUUUUGCCAACCACUUGGAUGGGCCCUUUCCACUGAACGCCAAGAGCCCCGAUUCUUCGUAUCCGUACUCACGGAUAUCGAUGCCAAUCGUCACUACUGUGCUUGCCUCUGCUUCAACGAGACUAUCUCGAUAACGCCAAACAAGCCAAUCGACGAGGAAGAGGAGACACUAACUCCCGGAAGAACUAACUCCCUCAUUCCGGCUGUGACUACAGUCACUCACCAUAGUAUUAUGUAUGCACCGAAAUGUCUGGUCUUGGUAUCACGUCUAGACUACACGGAGACUUUUAGGAAUUGCCUAGGAACAAUCUAUACGGUCUACAUUGAGAGUCUGGGCUUUCCACUUGAGACCCUGAUUGGAAAUAUUCUCGGAUGCAUUCAAGUUCCUCCACCGGGUGGACCCCAGGUGCGUUUCUCCAUUGGAGCUGGGGAUAAGCAAGCCCUGCAGCCUCCACUGUACAGCACCCUUCCGGUCACGGGCACCUCGGUGGAUUUCCUGUUUACACAAUUGGGUAUUAAGAAUGUACUCUUGUUGUUCUGCGCCAUGAUGACCGAACACAAGAUCCUAUUCCACUCCAAGAGCUAUUCGCGAUUGACGGACAGUUGUCGUGCCCUUACGGCUCUCAUGUAUCCAUUCCGAUACAGUCACGUUUACAUUCCAAUUCUGCCCGCAUCUCUAAUCGAAGUGUUAUCAACGCCAACGCCAUUUAUAAUGGGAGUUCAUAGUUCAUUGCAGAGUGAGAUCACAGAUUUGCUGGAUGUUAUUAUAGCAGACAUCGAUGGUGGUUCCAUUCACAUACCCGAAUCUCUCGUGCCACCCGUGUCGAAGUUGCCGAAUCAAUUGUGGGAGACCACCCAGCUGGCACUAACACUUGUCCUUCAGCCUGAACUCCAGACGGCCGAUUUGGCCUUUAGCAUUCACCAUCCUGUUGGCCUCAAUGGUGAUCUCCAUUGUCGCGAUGUCAAGGUCAACAGGAUGAUGCGUGACAAGGAGAUCCGUGCGGUAUUUAUGCGAAUGUUUGCCCAACUCCUGCAAGGGUAUCGUUCCUGCCUCACCAUCAUUCGUAUCCAUCCGAAGCCAGUUAUAACAUUCCACAAAGCGGGCUUUUUGGGGGCUAGGGAUCUCAUUGAGUGUGAUUUCUUGUCACGUGUCCUGGAUAGUAUGUUCUUUACGGGAUUUGUCACUGAACGUGGACCACCGUGGAGGCCAUGUGAUGCCUGGGAUGAGCUGUAUAGUUCAAUGAGUGAUUUGCAGAGGAGUGAACAGCAAAAUGUUGGGCAUGUUUUGUCGAAUAUUCAGGAGUUGGCUCAGGUUUUGUACACCAAUGAGAAUCCCAAUCCUCAGACGUACACGCAGAAGGUGCUGAAGCCACCUGAAGGUGCAUUUGCUCGGAUACAUCAACCGCCAAUGCCUCAAAUCAAUUCCCAGCAAGUUACAGCAAUUAUUCAGGAGGGAAUGGCUAAGAAUGAUCUGCAAUCGAGAUUUCACACUCCACGAAUGUCACCGAGAAUUGUUCCCAUGGGACCUCAUCUGCAGAGUAUUUCGGAUGGAAGGCCAGUGGUUAAUAAUACGGCCAGGAGGUUGGAAGUGCUGAAAUCCUGUGUUAAUUGCAUCUUUGAGAAUAAAAUUGCUGAGGCUAGGAAGAGCUUUCCGGCUGUCCUGAGGACACUCAAGCAACGAGAUGCACGGUUGACGCUGUGCCGGGAAUUGGCAAAGACGGUCCAGGGGAAUAAGGCAAUGCUGGAACAUCAGCAAUUUGAUUUGGUGGUGAAACUGAUGAAUAGAGCUCUGCAGGAUGAUACAGCAAUGGAUGAACAUGGAGUUGCAGCAGCCCUCUUGCCACUUUCGACGGUUUUCUGCCGGAAACUCUGCACUGGGGUGAUUCAGUUUUCCUAUACGUGCAUUCAGGAUCAUCCUGUGUGGAAGAAUCAACAGUUCUGGGAAGCUGCUUUCUACCAGGAUGUUCAGACGCAAAUUAAAGCACUGUAUCUGACGAGAUCAUCCUCAGGGAGUGACAAUGUCUAUGCCACGUGGAAGACUGAGAAUGGGAAGAAGAGUCCGAGUAGUAGUCCUGAGUAUCGGUUGUCUCGCAUUCAGGAACCAUCAGCGUUGGAAAUUGCCGCUGAACAGAUGCGAAUUUGGCCGAGUUAUGAGAGUCCGAAGCAGGGAGAAUUGAUCAAAUCGGAGGAAUCCACACUGUACAGUCAGGCUAUUCACUAUGCCAAUAGGAUGGUGUCCCUGCUGAUUCCGCCGGAUGUCAAUAUUGGCGGAAAGGUGCAGAAACUCGAUGUGCAUGGAGUUGAGGAUGACACGAGUGUGUCCAAUAGCGUUGUCGAAUCGCACAGUCACAGUGAACACAGCGAUGAGGGCUUCGAGGAGAGUGAUACGGGAGAGUGUGGAAGUGCAGUGGCCAAAAUGGUUUGUCGCUUUAUCGAUAGGGUUUGCACCGAAGGAGGCGUGACAGCUGAUCACCUCCGGAAUCUCCAUGCAAUGGUGCCGGGUGUUGUGCAUAUGCACAUUGAAAUGCUAGAGGCAGUAUAUCGGGAAUCCAAGAGAAUCCCACCUGUCCAGAAGGCCAAAAUCCAUGCACCAAGCUUGCUAUCCGGUGAGGAUAUCAUGACUGAGCCAAUGAGGGUGUAUUUACUGGCCGAUGGACGGGAAGACAAUGUGUCUGGACUGCUUCCGGCUGAGGGAGCACUCUUCCUCACAAACUACCGCGUAGUGUUCAAGGGAUCUCCCUGUGAUCAACUGGCAUGCGAACAGAGCAUUGUCCGUGCCUUUCCGGUGUCUUCCCUGACAAAGGAAAAACGAAUAUCAGUCCUCUACUUGCCACAUCUCGAUCAGAAUCUCCCAGAGGGCCUUCAGAUGCGUUCGUGCACAUUUCAACUGAUCAAGGUGGCCUUUGAUGAGGAGGUAACCGUGGAGAGUAUUGAGAGUUUCAGGAAGCUUCUGCAUCGUGUACGGCAUCCUGAGCAUGAAUUUGGGAGGUUUGCUUUCGCAUCGCAUGGGAUGCACAUCCAGACGCCACUGCACAAGGUCAAGGAGAAGAAUGCCACACUCAAGGGCUUUGCCAAGAAGACCCUGAUGAGGACAGCCAAAAAGGCGGGAUUUAAGCCGAAGGGCGGCACAAAGAGGAAGUACAUCUUAUCAGGGAUUGAUUCAGAGGAGAAUCAUGGGCAUGAUAACAAUGAGGAUGAUGAUGGUUCGGAUGACAAUGCCGAUACCAUGCCAAGAGUCACGGCGAAGGAUGUUGAGAGGCUGAAGGAGAGGAGUUAUGUCAAAGACUGGGAGAGACUGUAUCUCAAUGAUACGAUGUCCGGGUACAGGAUCACAACGGUUAAUUGCAAUUACAGUCUCUGUCGUACAUAUCCGGCAAUUUUGGUAUCACCUCAUAGGAUUAGCGACGAUCAACUGAGAUGCAUUGCCAGGUGCUACAAGAACCAGAGGAUUCCAGUACCAACUUGGCGACAUCGCAAUGGAGCUAUUCUGUUGAGGGGAUCAGUGCCACAUGCCAAGGGUGUUAUGGGGAUGUUGAAGGCUCAUCAAGGCUCAACGAAUGCUGCCACGGAUAGCACGGCUUUCCAGGAGCAGGAUACCUAUUUUGUCACAGUCAUUGACAACUUGCCACAUACAGUGACACCCAUGAGGCAUCAUCAGUGGGAAAUGUCAAAUUCCAAUCUGUCCAUCAACAGCCUCCUCCUGGCUGCUGAGGAUCAUCAUUUUGGUGCCAGGACGGACAAUCUGUCCACGCUGACGCCCGAAAUUGCCCGCAAGUCCACAUCGAAUGUCUUCCAGACGGCCAAAUCCAGUUUUGGGAAUUUCAGUGGACGCGCUGUGAAGAAUGUCAAUAAAUGGGGUAGUCUCAAGAGUGGACCUGGACAGCUGAGAACUCCCGAUGGGUUGGAUCGUGAAUCUCAUCAUCAGUAUGACUUUCAGCGAGUACCUCUGUAUAUGUUGGGCGAGAAGAGUCAGAGUAAAUCAGCGAGAUUGUCAGAGAUGUAUGCUGAAUUUAUCCCAGUUGACUAUCCAGAUGUCAGGCAUACGCGUCUGGCCUUCAAGAAACUCAUGCGAGCCUGCUUGCCAUCGUCCACGACUCAGGAGCCCGAUCAGAGUUUUGCCAAAUUGCUGGAGCAGUCAGAGUGGUUGCAGCAGAUCCGGGGAUUGCUGCAGUUGUCCGGAGCCGUUGUUGAUCUCAUUGAUAUGCAAGGAUCCAGUGUGACACUUGCCCUGGAGGAUGGAUGGGAUGUUACAGCUCAAGUUUCAGCCCUAGCUCAACUCUGUCUCGAUCCCUACUAUCGGACAGUUGAGGGUUUCCGGGUGUUGAUUGAGAAGGAAUGGUUGGCUUUUGGUCACAGAUUUGGCCAUCGGAGCAAUUUGAGGCCACACAGUAGCUCAGGAUCACCUUUUGCUCCCACUUUUCUCCAGUUUCUCGAUGCUGUCCAUCAGAUUCAGACACAAUUCCCUCUAGCUUUUGAAUUCAAUGACUUCUUCCUGCGCUUCCUGGCCUAUCACAGUGUCUCCUGUCGCUUCCGGACGUUCCUGUUUGAUUGCGAACUCGAGAGGUUCGAUUUGGGCAUUGCAACGGUUGAGGACAAGAGAGGAUCUCUCAAUUCUCACCAUAAACAUGCCGUGGAGACUAGCACGGGAUCCGAUGAUGAUAGCAUCUAUCCGGGAGGAUUGAGGAACUCUAGUUCUUCUGCCCAAAAACUGGGUCACUCUGUUUUUGAUUACAUCGAAAGGCAGCAUGCCAAAUCGCCGAUUUUCUUCAAUUUCACUUACACUCCAGAUCCCGAUCGUCAAGUGCUGCGUCCUCAGAGUUCAGUGGCUAUGCUGGAACUCUGGGGCUUCUAUGUGGAUGAGGAGAUUGCCCAUGGGCCACCGUAUGAUCCAGAAUUGGUGGGCAGUGACAAUCUCGAUGACGAAAAUGAGACGGCUGAGGGCAGGAAGCCCAAGAGGAAGGUGAUCAGUGUGGGCUAUGAUAGUUUGGACAAACUGGAUCCGGAUGCAUUUACGAGACUCCUGGAGGAGCUGAAGAUGGCAGAAGCCGAGCGGGGAUUAUUGCCACAGAAGUGGCGACAAGUUUGGGACAAAUUGGAACUGCCACAUUCGGAUUCACUCACAAGACAUGCUUCCUUCAGUAGUGCCCUGGUGAGGUCUCAUGGACGUCUUCAGCACAAGAGAUCAACUCUAGAGAUCCUAAUGAGAGGACGCUUAGCUGGGCAUCACCAGGAGACCUUCUCCCAUCCGCAUCGCUUUGAGAAACACGCCUACACUACUCCAUCGCACUGCAAUCACUGCGACGGCCUCUUGUGGGGCCCCAUGAGGACGGAACUGCGGUGCAUGGACUGCGGGAAUUCAUAUCAUGAGAAAUGUGCUGAGACUGUCCCUAAGAAUUGCACAAAAUACAAGGCAGUGGAGGGAGUCCAGCAAACAUUGACGCGCUCCCAGGGAGACAAUGGGAGUAUCACGUCUAGUGCAACAGCCGGACAGACAUCUCUGCAGCAUUUUUACGAUCAAUUCAGCAGCAAUGUGGCUGAAAAUAGAACGCACGAAGGGCAUUUGUACAAGAGGGGAGCCCUGCUCAAAAGCUGGAAACAGAGAUGGUUCGUCUUGGAUUCGAUAAAGCACCAACUGCGAUACUAUGAUGCAAUGGAGGACUCCAACUGCAAGGGAUUCAUUGACUUGGCCGAAGUGCAGUCAGUUCAGCCGGCUCCAUCAGCUGCCGUUGGCACAAAGAAAGUCGACGAGAAGGCAUUCUUUGACUUAAAAACCAGUCGUAGAACGUACAAUUUCUAUGCAUUAGAUGCAAAUAUGGCUCAGGAAUGGAUUGAAAAAAUCCAAGCUUGUCUGCAAUAAAAAAAAAUGGCGAAUGGUGAGUGUACAUAGAAGAAAAAAAUAGGAAUAUUUAAAUAAAAGAAAACAAAUAGCGGAACAAUGAAAUUGUGGCAGAAGAACUUGAGAGAGAAGGAGGGUUGAAAUGUCGAUUGGGAAUGACGAUAAAUCAAACUUAAGAGAUAUUAUUAUAGUUAAAUUACUAUAUUCUUCACUGUAUAACUGUUUUCUUCUUCAUAUCAAAAGAGAAAAUGGAAUUUUUUAAAUUGUAAUUCUCUGUUAUCAACUCAAUAGUUUUAUUCUGCAUUUAUUUUUUAAAGAAAACUAUUAAAUGUUACUGAAAUGAGAUUUUUUAGUGGAAUGAUUAAACUCCAGGAAGUAUCAUUCGUUCCAAGAUUUAUUAGAUUUAUUUAAAUGUCCUAUGUUUACUGUGAAAUUAUUAUAAUAAAAAAAAGAAAAAAAAGAAAGAGAAUAAAGCAUUUUGCAUCAUGAUAUUGAAAAAGAAA